UGGCUGGAGCGGGGCAGGAGCCGGGGCAGUCGGGCUGCUGCAGGGUCGCGCCCGGCGGGGAUGGAGCCCGCCCUGCCUGCCUUCCCUCGGGCCGGCCGCGGCGCCGCCAUGGAGGGGGCCCGGCGGAGACCCGCGAGGCGGCAGCAGCAACAGCAGCCGCCCGGUGCCGGUAGAGCCCAUCGAGUGGCAGACGUGCUCCAGGAAGGUCCUGAUCAUGGCCAGCGGGGACCAGGCCGCCCUAGAAGAGAAGCGGCCCUCCCCAGAGGAGGCCGUGGCCACCUUGAGAUAAGGGAGGAAAGGCAUGUGGGUUCCGGGAGAAUUGUCCUGCCCCAGGGCAGGGUGGCAGUAGAUGGAGCCAGGAGGCCAUGGAGCCAGCAGGCAGGGGGGGACUCGCAGGCGGGUCAGAACCCCGGUGGCGGAAGCAGAACCCUCCGCUCUGGCCAGGCCUCCCAUUUCCCCCAGGACCCACGCCACGCGCAUGGCCAGGUCCGGAGGGUCGGGCUGAAGUUCCUGGAGGGCCUCCUGCAAAAAGAUGCUUCGGAGGUGGCCAUCACUCUGGCUUCAAGCAGCGGCCUGAAGGAGGCGCUGUCUCAAACGGCCCUGAGGCCCGGCUUCGUACAGCUGCUCUGCCAAGUGCUCCGGAAGGCCUGCUGCUCCCAGAUGGACCGGCAGAGCAUACAGCAGCUGAUGUGCGCUGUGAAGGAGUCCACCUUCCUCAGGGUCUGCCUGCCUCAGUACGUGGCAGGCAUGCUGACGGAGGCUACCCCUGCGGUGCGGCAUCAGUACCCAGAGCACAUUGACAAUAUUGUGGUGCUGGUCCAGGAAAUGGCCAGCAUGUUCCCCGCCAGCUCCAUCCAGAACAUCUCCAUGCUGAUGUCUGCUUUGCCGGCGGCCGUAAAUGCUCUGAGGGCAUCUGGGGUGGAUUUCACAGAGGAGAUGGAGAACCGCCUGGAGAAGGUCCAGGUUUUCGUCCAGCACCUGCAGGAGAAGAGGCGGGGGGGCACCUUGAAGGUGGACAGCUGCACCACAAUGCACCCCUUGGGCGCUGAGCAGGGAGCCGAUUAUCGCACCAUGCCCGUCUACCCCACGUACAAUGAAGUGCACAGCAACGAAAAGACCUUCCUGCGCCCCAACAUCAUCUCUCAGAAGUACGAGAGCACAGCCAUCUACCUGGACACCCAGUUCCGGCUUCUGAGAGAGGAUUUUGUCCGGCCUCUGAGGGAAGGGAUCUUGCUGUUCCUCCAGAGCUUUGAAGACAAAGGUCUCCGGAAGAAAAAGUUUGAUGACAUCCGGGUUUACUUUGACGCCAGGAUCCUCGGCCCUCUCUGCACUGCGACUGGCAUCGACUACAAGGUCCAGUUUGACACCAGACCCCUAAAAUUUGUCCGGUGGGAGAACUCCAAGCGUUUGCUCUACGGCUCCCUAGUGUGCCUCUCCAAAGAUAACUUUGAGACGUUCCUGUUUGCCACGGUGUCUCACCGGGACAGCCGGGACCUGCAGCAGGGCUUCAUACACCUGUCUUUUAACAAGCACAGCCGGCCCCUGUUGGCUGAGGUCCAACCUGCUGAUUCCUUCCUCAUGGUGGAGACGACGGCCUACUUUGAAGCCUACCAGCACGUGCUCAAGGGGCUGCAGGCGCUCCCAGAGGCAGAGGUCCCCUUUCAAGACUACAUUGUCAAGUGUGAGCCGCAGGUGAGAGCACCUGCUUACCUGGAAAGGGGCAGCACUUACGACCUCCGCCCUCUGCUGAAGGCGCCUGCUGCAGACCAGCACCUGGGGGCUCCGGCAGGGAACAGGAUCGAUGUCCUUGACCCUGCCCAGUGGCCAGCUGCGGACGUCUUGGGCCUCGACGCCUCCCAGGUGGAAGCCUUGCAGCUGGCACUCACAAAGGAGCUGGCCAUCAUCCAGGGACCUCCUGGAACAGGCAAGACCUAUGUGGGUCUGAAGAUUGUUCAGGCGUUGCUGGCCAAUGAAGCCCUGCGGGAGAAGUCGCCCAUUCUGGUGGUCUGCUACACCAACCAUGCCCUGGACCAGUUCCUGGAAGGAAUCUACAAGUUCCAGAAAAGCGGGAUUGUGCGUGUGGGCGGGAGGAGCAGCAGCGAGGUCCUGCGGCAGUUCACCUUGCGGGAACUGCGGAACAAAUUUCGGCAUGAGUUGCGCCCCCACUUGCGCUGGGGCUAUAAUGAGGUCACCAUCCAGAUGAGGGAAUCCGCAGAGCAGCUGGAGAAAUUUGCUGCCUUACUGGAGUGUAGCUUGAAAGGAAUCCUGCAUGAGCGCCACCUGCAGUCUCACAUCUCAGAGUCCCACUGGAACAGCCUCCUACGGGGCUGGGACACGGAGUGGCUGCACCCGCAAGCCUCUCUGAUGGUGGAGUGGCUGCGCCUCGGCCUCGGCCCUUUCUCCUGCAGUGACGUGGAGCCCAAUGGGGAAGAACAUGCAGGCACUCCGGAGGAGGAGGAGCAGGGGGCGGAGUCAGACCUGCUGCUGAUCGAAGAGGAAGCGGAGCUGAUUCAGGCAGAGCGCCUGCUGGACAGCGAUGAGGCGGCCCGCCCCCGCCCUCCGAAGAAGGAGCCCCCCAGAGCUGCCAGAGCUCAGCUGGAGAACCUGCUGCUGGCCAUGAAAUUGGAGGAAGAAGAUGGGGAGGAGCAGGAGGGCCAAAGGACAGCCAGCGGGCUGGGAAACGGUGGCUGGGAGGUGCAGCGAGGCCAGAAGAAGAGAAUGAAGCAGAAAGUGAAAGGAGAACUGCGCAAGCUGGAAGGGAUGACUGUGGCCCAAGCAGAGGCCAUCCAGGAUGUCUGGCAGCUAGACCUUGGCUCUCGGUGGCAGCUCUACAGGCACUGGCUGCAGAAGUACCAGGCCGAGAUCCGGAACAAAAUCCAGCAGCACGAGCAGACAUACCAGUCCGCGGCAGAGAGGCUGGCUGAGCUGCGUCUUCACGAGGACCUCUACAUCCUGGAGAAGGCCCAGAUUGUUGGGAUGACGACGACAGGCGCUGCCAGGUACCAUCAAGGCCUGCAGAAGGUGGCCCCUCGUGUGGUCCUCGUGGAAGAGGCGGCAGAAGUGCUCGAGGCUCACACCAUCACCACGCUGAGCAAGGCCUGCCAACACCUCGUCCUCAUAGGGGACCAUCAGCAGCUGCGCCCCAGUGCCAAUGUGUACGACCUGGCCAAGAAUUUCAACCUGGAGGUGUCCCUCUUUGAACGGCUGGUGAAGGUUGGCUUGCCCUUCGUCCGCCUCAAUUUCCAGCACCGCAUGCGGCCAGAGAUUGCCCACCUCCUCACACCACACAUCUACCAGGAGCUGGCCAACCACCCCUCUGUGCUCCAGUACGACCCCAUCCAGGGAGUUUCCUCCAGUCUUUUCUUUGUGGAGCACGACUUCCCUGAGCAGGAGAUCCAAGAAGGGAAGAGCCACCAGAACACCCACGAGGCCCAGUUCGUGGUGGCGCUUUGCAAGUACCUCCUGUGCCAGAACUACCGGCCCUCCCAGAUCACCAUCCUCACCACCUACACCGGCCAGCUGCUGUGCCUGCGCAGGCUCUUGCCAGCCAAGACCUUCCAGGGAGUGAAGGUCCACGUGGUUGACAAGUACCAGGGGGAGGAGAAUGACAUCGUCCUUCUCUCCUUGGUGCGGAGCAACCUGGAGGGGCGGGUGGGCUUCCUGCAGAUCCCCAACCGUGUCUGCGUGGCCCUCUCCAGAGCCAAGAAGGGGCUCUACUGCAUCGGCAACAUGGCGAUGCUGGGCCAGGUCCCGCUGUGGAGCAAGAUCAUCCACACACUGCGCGAAAAGGGCCACAUCGGUCACUCGCUCCUGCUCUGUUGUCAGAACCACCCGGAAACCAGAACCGCCGUGGCCUCUGCUGUGGAUUUCAGCAAGGUUCCUGAGGGGGGCUGCAGCCGCCCCUGCGACUACCGGCUGAGCUGUGGCCACGUCUGCCCCCGGGCCUGCCACCCCUAUGACCCGCAGCACAAAGAGGUGGAGUGCCUGAAGGCCUGCCAGAGAGUGCUCUGUGCGAAUGGCCACCGCUGCCCCAAGCUGUGCUCCGAGCCUUGCGGGCAGUGCCUUGUCAUAGUGCCCAAGACUUUGCCCAGGUGUGGCCACCUGCAGGACGUUCCCUGCUCCACUCCGGAAGAGGCGUUUUGCUGCCAAGAGCCGUGCUGGAAAGUCCUCCGGUGCGGGCACAGCUGCCGUCAGACCUGUGGCCAGGCGUGCACCAAGCACUGCCCAGAGAUGGUUCAGGUCACACUGCGGUGUCAGCACAGCCAGAUGGUGCAGUGCUGCACUGCUGCUGAUGUGGAAUGCGGGAGGCCUGUCUUAUGCCAGGUGAAGUGCCUCGGCACACUGGAAUGUGGCCACGCCUGCCCUGGCUCUUGCCACUCCUGCUCCAGUGGCCGGUUUCAUGAGCAGUGCAGAAGGCCGUGCGAACGCCUCCUGAUCUGUGCUCACAAGUGCCUGGAGCCGUGCACCAGCAAUUGCCCCCCGUGCCAGAAGCCCUGUGAGAACCGCUGCAGCCACAGCCGCUGCCAUAAGAAAUGCGGUGAGCCGUGCACCCCCUGCAUGGAACCUUGCGAGUGGCGUUGCCGGCACUAUCAGUGCUCCAAGCUGUGCUCCGAGCCAUGCGACAGGCCCCGCUGUGAUGUUCCGUGUCCCAAGCAGUUGCUUUGCGGCCACCCUUGUGCAGGGAUGUGUGGAGAGCCAUGUCCCCCCAAGUGCCCCGUGUGCCACCACGAAGAACUCGCGCAGAUUUUCUUCGGCUUUGAGGACGAGCCCGGGGCUCGCUUUGUGCUGCUGGAGGACUGCGGCCACAUCUUUGAGUCCACGGGCCUGGACCACUACAUGGACGAGGGUGCAGGCGCUGCUGCCGUCAGGCUGAGGGUGUGCCCCGGCUGCCAGACGCCCAUCCGGAGGAACCUGCGCUACAGCACGCUGGUGAGGAGGAGCCUGCAGGAGGUGGAGCAGGUGAAGGAGCAGAUCCAGGGCUCCCCUGCGGAGGCUGCAGCCACCAGGCACAGGCUGCAGGCAGCACUGAGGGGCAAAGGCUCCACCCUGGAGCAGCACCUUCCUGAGCAGUACGAACGGCUGCAGAAGGCGCUGGAGGAGCCCUCCCUGUGCAGCCGGAGCCUGGGGGUCAUGGAGAACCAGCUGAGCUUCUUUGUGCGGCUGGCCGACCUGCGCUCCUCCCUGAGUCAGCUGGACCCCAGCGAGAGGGAAGGCGUGAAGAGGCGGCUGGCGGAAGUGGGCCAGUGGCUGGAGAGGCCCCGCCUCACUUUCACCCCCCAGCAGCUGCUGGACCUGCAGAGUGAAUUCCAGCGCCUGGGCUUCCUCCUCGAUCUCCUGGCCACUUGCAGGGCUGCGAAAGAGAAGGUCGGCGCUCCUGUGGCGGAACUGCUCAGCACGAUGCGGCAGGUCCUGGAGGGUGUGGGGAGGUUCACCUUGGAAGAUGAGAAGUUUGUGAAAGGGACGAUGGAGGAGGUGAAGGCUGCUCUUCCGAAGUCGGGCCUGGGCCUCUCGGACGCAGAGAGGGUGGAGAUCGUGGCUGCUGUCACAGGCUCACGCCAGGGCCACUGGUUCAAGUGCCGGAACGGGCACAUUUACGCCAUUGGAGAUUGUGGGGGGGCCAUGGAGGAAAGCCGCUGCCCGGAGUGUCGUGAAGUCAUUGGAGGGACCAACCACAGGCUCGAUCCCAGCAACCAGCUGGCCUCCGAAAUGGAUGGCGCCGCUCAUCCCGCGUGGUCAGAUACUGCCAAUGCCCUGCUCCCUCCGGCUGAGUGGCACCAGCUGCACUAGGCUGGCCCCCAGCCCUUGUCCUUCCUCACCUGCUUACUGGCCCAGCCCAUGUCAAGGCCUCCUGGGUCUUGGCCUGCGGGUGGAUCCUGAUGGCGCUGGACCUUUCUGGGCUGCACUUCAUUUUUUCUGAACAAGAGGGAACAAAGAAAAAUGUUGGAGAGUUAAAUUCCUGUGGUCUGGGAAUGAUGGUGGGGGAGAAGGCGACUCCUUCCCUGGAGCCUCUCUCCCAACAGCCCUGCCAGGCCUUCUGCUAACCAGUAGGUCUUUCCCAUAGCCGAUGGCUUAACCUUGGGUGCUUCAGAGGGUUUAUAUCCUCUUGAGCUGUACCUCUCCCACUGGAAAAUGAGGCUCUUGUCUUGUCCAGAAGGUAAACCAUGAACGAGGGGAGGGCACAUUUUUUACCGCUUUACUGAAACCCUGUCCAAGUACUGCAUUUGAAGCAAUGAUUAAAAGGAAUUAUUUGGCAUGUUGAUUUCAUGUUGCAACAAUUAAAGCAAAUGGUUCUAUGGCA